AAACAUCUUAGGUUGGAUCCAAAGACUCAUUGCUUGUAUAAAGUAGUUGAUCUUUCAGUAACAAUGCAUAGGAAACAUUUCAAGUAACCUAGAAAUAGCACUAAGACUUCUUUCUUAUAGCUGACCUUGAUACACUGCGUUUCCAAGGACACCAACUGACCUUGGAACAAAUUCUUAGGGACGUUCAAGCACAUCGAAGGAAUGAAAGCUCAGAAACCAUCAAUUAGAAAUAACCUAAAAAUGCCAUACUCAGAUGUCAAGGAGGAGGUCCAGUUAUCACAAGUUGUGGGAAUCCCUUAUAGGCCUGACAUACUGUGUUUGGGCGUUUGGGCAACGGGAAUCGUGGCAAUGUUGCUGGCUCGCGCCAUGCAUAGACCUAUGUUCCAUCUCCGGCACGGCCUUACAGAUUUGUUCACCGUAGAUCUAUAGGCAACAACCGAAUCUGGAAUAUCAGGUUCUAACCUCCAUACUUUAGAACAGUUCGGAAGACAGUGUCACAGCCGGAAUGAGUUCAAUUUAGCCGGAAGUGAGUCAGGAAGCUUGACGCCAAUCGCGAC